AUCUCCCUUCCUUCCCCUCCUUCCCCUCCUUCCCUCCCGGCCCUCCCGCCGGAGUCCCGCCCUCCUUCCGUCCCGCGUUCGCCCCCUCCUGCUGCGGCGGCGAGCCGAGCCCAGGCGAAGAUGGCGAAGACUUACGACUAUCUGUUCAAGCUGCUGCUGAUCGGGGACUCGGGCGUGGGCAAGACCUGCCUGCUCUUCCGCUUCAGCGAGGACGCCUUCAACACCACCUUCAUCUCCACCAUCGGAAUCGACUUUAAAAUCAGAACAAUAGAAUUAGAUGGAAAGAAAAUCAAGCUACAGAUAUGGGAUACAGCAGGCCAGGAGAGAUUCCGCACAAUCACAACAGCUUACUACAGAGGAGCCAUGGGAAUUAUGCUGGUGUAUGACAUCACAAAUGAAAAGUCUUUUGACAACAUAAAAAAUUGGAUAAGAAACAUAGAAGAGCAUGCCUCUUCAGAUGUAGAAAGAAUGAUCUUGGGUAACAAAUGUGAUAUGAAUGAAAAAAGACAAGUCUCAAAAGAAAAAGGGGAGAAGUUAGCAAUUGAUUACGGAAUCAAAUUUUUGGAGACAAGUGCAAAAUCCAGCAUAAAUGUGGAAGAGGCAUUUUUCACACUUGCACGAGACAUUAUGACAAAGCUCAACAGAAAAAUGAAUGACAACAGUUCAUCGGGGGCAGGUGGGCCAGUAAAAAUAACAGAAAAUCGAUCUAAGAAGAGCAGCUUCUUUCGAUGCACGCUACUUUGAUGAACUUCUAAUGAUAAGACUGCAGCACACUUAGAACCUUUUCUGCUUCUUUGAAAGCACAGGGUCACAAAGCCUCAGAAAUAAUACCACCAAGCUGCUGCUGAGAGCUCCAUUGAACGUAGACUGCGAUACACAAAUACCAAGCGGAUUUUGCUCACUAAGCCUAUUGACCUGUCAGGCUCUUCUUUCUCAGAUAUGGAAGCUAUGAAGUGGAGACACAAAUGCAAGAUUUAACUUGUUUUCCUUUUUUACUUUCUGUUUUAUUGCCUGUUGCAAAAGCUGCUAUGUUUCUUUUAACUUUGCACAUCCAUAUUGGCCUCUUACUGCCUGUUACAGCACAAUCUUACAUUUGUAUUUGCACAGUUUGACUUGUAAGUAAGAUUCUUAACAGAUUUGUGCACAGUUUUAUUUCUCUUUUUAAACAAAUUUAUUUUCAAGCAGAAGAGCCAGGGGAAAAAAUUGAGUCUCAUUUCCAUUAUUUUCUAUGCUGUAUACUCAUGGCCAUGCAGUAUGGAUGUUGUUGCUCUAGUGAUGAGAAUUACUGUAACAAUUGGCAUUUAACAAAUUUGUACAGAUUUUGUCUCUUAGAUGCACAAAUCUGUUCAUGCAGAAGCUAUGGCUUCUAUCCUGAAUGUAGUAUGCUUUUCUUUCUUUACCAGACUUAGCAAAGUUGUGUUCUGAAUUGCCAGUCACUGUCUGAUUCACAGAUGCACCUUUCAGUUAUUUGAAUAAACACAGUGUCUUUCCUCACUUAACUUCCCUUGUUAGCUCAGACUGUCUGCUCCUUUUUUUGUUUCUGAUGAGGAAGCACACUCUGGAUUUGAAAUCACCACAAAUUGGCCUCAUCACUAUCACUUAAGUGGCUUGUGGAAGCUGAAUGCAUGGGUUUUGAGUAACCUCUUUGUGGAUUCACUUGUUGAGAAAUGACUGCUUCUAAAGGUGACUUCCAUUUCUACUCUUAAUUCUAAGGAUAGUUUGUUAAUGUUUGUAAGCAUUGGCACUAAGGAAGCCUCUCAUUAGGGCUAUAAUGUACUCCUAGUUCUGCUGUUAAUGCUGAAUGUGUGUCUUUGGUCUGCUCAAGCAGUUGUUUUUUCAUCAAAAACUGGUACAGUGACCUAGACUGUUAGAAGCAGAGGUGAAACAUAGUUGCCUUUUUUUACUCAACUGAGCAUUGUAUAACCUAGUCUUUGUUCUACUACUUUUUUAUUGUCUUCUGAAAAAUUUCCUCAAUGAGCAAUUAAAACAGGUGCUUUAGUUCUGUUGGUGUGCCAAACGUGGACCAUUGUAAGCUUUAACUACAAGUUUGUGUCCAGCAUGUUUGCUGUUAGGGGAUGGGUGUGUUCUGUCAUUGUCAAAGGAAAUGUCUGACAUGCUUUUGCUUCACUUGGUUGUCUGGAGUUGUAAACAGUGAGUUAGUUGUUACCACAGAGAACCAUUUUGUUGUGUCAGGUACUGAAUUUGUCAUCUCUGGGUCUGUUUGAAACAGUUCGAAAGCGAACAGGCCAAUAGCGUUAGAUGUAAAGCUUUUGAUUUUAAAGGGUUUAAACUUAGUAGCUGGUUCCAUAAAGUUUUAGGUGGUUAUCAGCCUGUCCCCACACGUAGUUUAAUAGUAGUUCUUGUAACUAGACGGUGGAUCUCAUAAACUGCUGUUGCUGCACUAGAACAGAGAAACCUUCAUGGCAACAAGGUUUAGUGAAAAAACAAAGCAACCCUAACUGCUCUGUUGUCUACCCUUGAUGUUUUUCUUGGACAGGCUAAAGCAGUUAUGUUUUCUGUAUGGUUAAAAAAAGUGCUUCUAUACAGAAAGUGUUGUGACACCAAUUAUGAAUGUUGUUUAUUUUCAGUAAUUUACCUCUGACUUACUUGGUGUCGUAAUACUUUGAUUUUUAUCUCAGGGGUUGUCUGCAAACCAAAACUGACAUGUUCUGUGUUUGGCACUGUUUACAGAAUGCUUUGUAUUGUUUUUCCUGUCUUCACUGUGUGGUUAAAUGUUCAUUCAAUAUUAGUCUCCAUGAACUUCCCUUUGAAAGAGCCUGUAAGUAGUAGAGUCUAUGAAGUGCUUCUUGAAGCAGCAGCGAAUUGGGGUAUCUGCUCUGUAUGGGGGAGGGUGGGAGGGAGAAAAGAACUUGCUAUUUUCUUACAUUUAGCUGUGCUAAACUGUACAUAAAUGUGAGGUAAGACCAUAGGAAAUUCACUUUAUGCAUGAGAAAGUACUGCAGUAAAUAUUUCCCUUUGCUUAUUGUUCGUGUACAGUUCAUCUUUUUCUAUUUGUAGAAGAAUUUAAUGCAAUUUUGUUGUCAUCUGCUGAAACUGAAGAAUUCUAAUUUCAUGUGAUCUUAUGGAUAAGGUAAAAUGCAGAUUUCUUUCUUUAUGUCUUUGCCCCCACCCCACUUCUCCAGCAGUAUUAAAUGGCUGAGUGGCUGCACUUUAUCAGUGUGCUAACUUUUGGUCAGUAGAGACCUUUCUGUGUACAGUCUGCCCUGUCAGACGUGGGAAAAUGUGCUGUAUCUUAGCAUGCAAAUCAGCUGUAUGUUUUACUGGGAUAUUUUAGCUAUGGUUUCCUCUAGACAAGCGGGUGAUGAUAAUGGUAUGUUCUGCCUAUGCAUCAGAUGCUGGGUAUUACAGGCUUUUCUAAUAUCACUAUGAUUGUUUUGUGCAGUCUCUGUUGUUACUUUGCUCAAGACUAUAUAAUCUUAAGUUUUGAAGGACUCUUAACUAUACCUCAGUCAACUAGUUAGUACUCUAAUGCCCAUUAGAAUGAAAGUCAUAUACUUAUGAUUCACUUAGCAGCAAUUGUAUUUCUGUUUUCUUCCAGAAAUUGCCAUUAACCUUUCAGGAAAGCAGACAUUUUUGGGUGGAUUUCAAUAAAACAAAUAUGCUGCUUAUGCUUUGGAGUUUUAGGAGAACUUUCCCUCAGCCCCAUGCCUGUGCACUAUAUCUUGACCUAUGUUUUUCUAAAUGGUUUUUACAAAAAAGCCAAAUGAAAAACAAACUGGUCUCAGUGCUUUGCAAUUUUAGCUUUCAGUCUGUGCUCAGCAAAACAUGCACAAGAAUUUUUUGUUGAGUGUAUAUAGAAUGUGUUAUUGACUUAUCUGGGAGUUCUAAUAUUGCUAAAGCUUAAACCACUCAUGAAACUUAAUGCAGCUCACUUUUCUCUUUGGGGGACAGUCUCAAAAAUGCUGAUUGAAUUUUCAGACCUGUAGUUCUUUUUACAGAAUAUUUCCCAUUGUGACUUUCUCAUACUAGUCUGCUGAAGUUAAGAGAAUUACGUGAAUCAUUUUCACAAGUGAAUAAAGAAGUCUUGAAUGUACAUAUCACAUUAAAAUAUUGUGAAAACAUAAUGAUUUGAAAGUCCAUCAAUAAUAUGUAAAAUGCAUAAAUGUGUUAUUUGUGAAAAUGCAUCUGUUGUUGGGUUACCUGUUAAUGUAACAGAAUUUUUGCAAUGUUAAACUUGCUAAGGAUUGGUCUGUAGGUAAUAAUAGGUCUUUUUUCUCCUCUGUUCAUUGAACUGCUUAUACCAUUCUCACUCUUAUAAAUAAAACUUGUAUUUCUUUCUUCCAAAAAAAAGCAGGAUUUACAUUGAUUUUUCUUGUUUCUGGUGAAUUUAACUAUUUCAGUGCAUUCCUAUGGCCUUACGAACAUUUUUGCAAAUAAAACUUCAAUUACCAUUAUUUUAAUGCUACAUAGCUACUAAAUUCAGAAUAAAAAGUAUAGUCCUUGAGAAAAUGCUUAAUUUUGAAAUAGAAGUGUUCUGCUGUGUGUGUUUAAGCACAUUUUACCUCUGGUAUAAAGGUGUAAUGUGAAAAGCUCCUGCAGAUAAAAGUGAACUUGUCAUGUGGUUAACUUGUAAACCUAAUCAUUAAAUGUGUAUUGAUGUAUAUAGAUAAAAAACCCCAAACCCAGCUCCUAAGAAAACCUUCAUAGUCCAAUAGUUUUAUUAUUUCAUGUGAACUUUUUUACAAUGUGUGUCUCAAAUAAAAGUUACAUAAUGAAAAGCA